AGAGUAACUGCCGGUUGAUAUAGCUACCUAAUCGUUCCAGUAUCGUGGCAUGAAACAUCGCCAAAGUUAUAGCCACCUGGAAACUUCCUUCGCUCGCAAGUCUUUACGCCCGGAAACUUAGAGGAGGCGUCACUGAUAUUGCAAGAGGAUCCUAAAUCAGUUUACUCCAGCAACUUCAAAAGAAUGGAUCAAGUUGUACAAACACAUGGAAAAGCAGUAGCCACCCAUGCCCUCAAUGCCAGUCAGCAGCUCAAAGAGAGGAGUCUAGAUGAAGCAAAAACUUCACUGAUUAAAGCUGGAGUAGGCAUUGUGAAACAUAUGCAUGAAGUGAACAAACUCUUACAACGCUAUAGAGCGGUAGAAGAUUUUUACAAGACAAAAGAAGAGAACCUCAUUGCUAAAAUAGAUGAUACCCUUGCUCAGGAAAAGAACGCACAAGCUCAGCAAUUGUCUGCAACCACCAAGCUUCAGCUAGAAAGGGAAGAACUGCGCCAGCAUGAAUCAAACCUUUAUUCAGCGAGGAUGGAGUUUGAGGAGGCAGAUAAGAAACGCAAGGAAAACAAUGCAGGCACUAUCACUACUGGUGUUGUUGCAGGGGUAGCAGUUCUAGCCAUUAUCUUCACAUUUGGUGCAGCAGCUCCAGUUGCACUCCCAGUAGCUGCAGGGGCAACGGCUGGUGCAGUCGCAUUUGAUCGCGCUGCAGACAGAGCUAAAGACAACAUGCGCAGGAGUGAGGGUAAAACAAGGGAUACGAAAUCCAAGAUUGCUUCGACUGAGAAUUCAAUACAAUCCCAUUCGAAUACUAUAUCCCAACUGAACCGAGAGAUUGAGUACUACAAAAAAGAGCGAAGAUGCUUGCAAGAGACGAAAGGGAAAAUAAAGAAGGUCAUAGUGUUUUUGAUUGAUGCACAGGUUUAUGGAAAUGAGUGCACAACAGUGAUGGAUAGUUGCAGCCAACGAACUGCUCUAGUAACGAAGAUAGUUGACAAGGCGGAAAAGAAAAGUUACAGUCUGUUUGAUUGCCAUGGAACAGAGCGAGUUUUGACCUCAUUUGAAGAAGCAUGGGAUACAUUCGAGAAAAUGAAUGCAACUGGUGAAAGCUACAACUUCAAGGUCGAAUUUGAGUGCUCCAACUGCAAUUGUUCCUGUAAUGAGUUUCCUCAUGUUAGUUCUAUUCAGCUAGUGUGCGCUAACUGCUGCAGUGGCCUUUAGACUUUUUGGACAAUUAGUUAUUGAAAAACCAUUUAGGUGUCAUACAUGCAUGUUUUUUUUCCUAUACGAGUCGCCUAGAUGGUCAGUGUACUUUCUACUCAUUGAACUAUAGAACG